AUAGUACAAUGUGAGAGCGAGUGUUUGCGUGACGGUGCACCGGCGGACUAACAACAGCCUUGAAGCAACUACCAGAUAAGCAAUGGAGUGUAAAAGGAGAGGAUGACCGAAGGAAACAUGGAUGGACUGUGAAAGCAUAAAAGGAAAGUACCUACGCUCAGAUAUGAUGGCUGAUAGAGACCGGUGGAAGAAGAUGACAUAUUGCGCCGAUAUUAAAUAUGUAUUGGUAUAAAGGGUCAGUGAACAGUAACGCGUGUCGCGGUCGCCGUUCGGGCCGGCACGCGCGGGUCCCGUUUACGGCUUCGCAGGCGUCCGCGCUCGAGGCGGCGUACGCGCGCGCUCCUUAUCUCGCACCGCCAGCACUACGCGCCCUCGCUGCCGCUUUGCAGCUCCGAGACGACAGGAUCAAAAUUUGGUUUCAAAAUCGCCGUGCCCGUGAGCGUAGAGAGAAAAGUGCUAAUAUACCACCACCGCGUGAAGUAACCUUGGCUCCGACAGUGCAAAGAAUUACUUUUACACCCAGUACUUGGACAACAUAUGCGAAUACUUUAUCGAACGGACACUGUGUCGAAGAUAACACAUUUACGAAUGUCAGCCACCAUUUACGAGUAGACACGGAGACGCCACAUGAUUUGAGAGACACUAAUUCCUUGCCUGGUCCAAUUUAUCAUUCGCAAACAGGAUUUACGGACGACGGAAGACCCGAUACACCGUUAGAUGUUGAAAAUAUCGAAGACUAAUCUUUCUUAUGAUUUACAUGAUAUGAGUUUCUACUCACUCGCGAGAACAAAAAGAGUACUUUUAGGUAUAUCAUAAAUUGUAAAAAUUAAUGUUAGGUAUCUACAGUUAACAAUAGAAAUAUCUGUGAUAUGAAUGGUAUCAUUAAAUUACAAUUACCAAUAUUAUAUAGCACUAUGUAUUUCAAGGCAUAUAGCACUAUGUAUUUAGACAAAUAAAAAUACUUGAAAUUAUUAUACUUAUAAAGGUUUUUUAAUGUGUGAAAUCAUAUUAUAUCAUCUUCCACUAGUCCACUCCGCUAGCCACCUUAGGCGGGUGUACCAUUCCAUAUUAAUCCAUUGAAAAAAAUGUUUAAUAUUUAUUAACAUACAAUUACGUUACAUAUGGGAUAAUAAUGAGAAAAAAUCUAACUAAUUUAUAU